AUGGCUCUACCUGUCUGGCAAGAGAGUGUGGCAGAGCCCCUCAGUAUCGAUGUGAAUCCUCCCACCCAAACCUCCUUCUUUGAUGCCAAAAAGUUCUUCGCUGUGGAUUCGUUUGGCAGUACCAUGGGAGCUAUAUGCGAGCACAAGCCAAAGCUGUGGCAGCUUUCCACGGAAAUCGCGGCGAUAACUACUUCGCCAGAUACUAUACUCCGACAACCGGCUGCAAUAGAGUCCAUACGGGAUUCCGACCUCUGGGUUUUGAUUACGGACGGGGAAAUAGCCGAACAAAAUGUCGCAGAGCUCGCUCGGUUGGCCGACGUCAUGGAAGUAAUCCAUGUUCCCGCGGUUCUACUAAUUUUUGGCGGAAAGUACGCAUUUCCCGGCAACACCAAUAUCUCCGUUGGAAUACCGUUCUUCGCGGCCGCUCGAGCGGCAUUGAUCCUGUUUAAGAACUAUUCGACGGGGCGUCUAUACUUGAUGGGGCUAAAGGAGGGUUUCCAAGGUUCAUUCGAUCUAUCAAGCUGGGAAUCACUUCCAGAAUACCCAAACGAAGCUACUUUUGUCAAGCGUUGUGGGAAAUUGGCCAUUAAUCUGACACAACAUGAAGGGCGAAGGUCUCCCACUAGAGCAGCUUCACUGGGACCUGAGUGGGAUGCAGCUACCAAUGCCCUAGUCAAUGUUCCUGCAUUGCUCGUCCAGCAACAAAUCAGGUUUCAAGACCUACGCAAGUUACUUGGGGAAGAAGCCAUCUAUCAACUGGGACUCAUAUGCAAGACUCGCGGCCAGCUUGGGCAGCUACGGGAUCUACUCCUUCGCCACAAGCAACAGCAAGUCAUCGUACGGUUAGAGGAUCGCCAUGGGGCAAGAAUGAUAAUGGAGAGAAUCCAGACAGUAUCGGGACAUGAGGAUAGACUUUUGCUCAUGGAUCAGCUUCGUGGUGCUCAUGCCGCCAAUCGGGCGACUUAUCUGGACUUGCAGAAUUCUCCGAGCGAGGAAAAUCGGUUUGCUACCGAAAUCAACAGGCUCAUCAACCGAGGACUUUCCAUAAUUUCAGGUUUCGAGAAGUCCUCUUAUACAGCCGAUAUCCUCAACCGCAAAAGUAACAGGGCCAUGCGUUCAGAGGUAUCGUCAGCUGAGGACUCUGAGAUUCAUCUACAAGCGCUGGAUCUGGCCGAUGAUAUCGAAGCUUUUCGCGGCAUAUGUCCAAUCUGCUGCGGUGAAGAGCAGAUCAUGUCCGUGGUCCUCAAGAAACUUGAUACCGUUGAAGAGAACACUACAGAAUUCGCUCUGAACUUUCCCCUAUGUGCUCUUCCCUGCCCAAGGUCCAUCUACCAAGAGAACAUCGUGGCUACCAUUCCUACGGUCUGCUACCGAGGCCCAAACAAGAAGUACAUCAACCACCAGCUCACUCUUGCUAUCACAGCUGGACUUGCUACCAGCGCAUCCGGGGUAUUACAGCUUUUCAUGACGAUAAUCGAACGGACUCUGGAGACCAAGAACUGGUGCGCUAAAGAUAGUGAAGAUGCAGAGAUCUACUCUCGUCGACAGCUUUUGGACUGGACUCUUCGAAACCUUCUCCAGAGGUGCGAAUCACGAGAAAAUUUCAGUGAGACUGGACAAUGGGUUGCCUAUUCUCAGGCUCUUUUAUGGGCCGUCUCGGAUUACAAUCAAGCACAUCUUGACAGCUGGAUCAUCCAAUACCCUCUAGCUGGCUUCAAUCAAAUGUUGAGAUGGUACGAGUUGCUCAAUUUGCCUAUUGUCCCCGGGAGGAUGGAGGCAAUGCAGAAGGCGAAGAUCAUUAACCUUGUCAUCACCAACAUCAUGAACGGGCUCUUUCGCGAGAAGGACGGAGAUAAAUCAUGGACGCACCCAUUCUUGCAACUUGUAUACCAAGGCUUCAACGCACCAAACGUCCCACGAGAUUUGGGUGGUCCAACAUCCAUUGUUUCGGCAGACAGGUUCUGGCCGAAACUGGAAGACGCAUUGGGUCACUGGCAGGAGGUGAAGCGUUUCCUAGCAGGGUUCUACCAUGCCAGUCGUCGAGACGUCGCACCUCGUCUACAAGCCAUCACGUUCUGGGCACUGUUUACACAGAAGUGUCAUACCACACCAAAAACUUUCUUUGUAAACGUGAAGUUAAGAGAGUCGCUGGCACCAGCAGUGCUGAACCCAGAAGAAUUCAUUGCAGAAGGACCUAUCUUCGAUAGACUGACUUCAAGUUUUUGCCAACCCGCAGGCUGGCUGGGCUGCCCUGCCAAGUUUUACACUGAGGCAGACCUUCAAUCAGAGCCCAUUAAUGCCCUUGCGAUCCGUGCGCGUCGUGCGAACCACUUCAGCGAGGUAUACGGAAUCGGUAGCACUUUCAAUUCCCAGACUGGCCUUCCGGACCCCACGCAAGCUCCAAAGGCUCCCACAUCAUUCCACAAUACUUUGCACAUCAGCACGGCAAGAACGUGGUCCCAGCUGGACCUGAAAAGGAAGCAAGCUAUUUCCGAAGGCGUAUCCGGAGGCAACGAGCCAGCGAUUGCAGCCUUUGUCAGGGAAGUCCGCCUGGAAAUCUGUGCCAGAAACCACCGGGGCAACAUUUACUCUGCAAGCAUUGGGUACGAAAUCCGGAGCAUUCUACCAGGUUUCCUGGAAGCACUUCGCGUUGCUAGCGACAAGACGGGGCUAGAGGACAAGACAGGCAUGGCUUUGUGCAUGAUUUUAACCUGA